AAUUGGCGCUUUUGGUUCCGUGUUUUUUUUUUGCCUCUUUCUGGUUUACACUGGACCUGGACCACUCUCCUGUCCUUUUAUCAUUGUCCCCGAUUACUCUGUAUCAGUUGCGUUUGUACUUCUACACAUUGCAAACAUGGCAUCUUCUAGAACUGCAGCUCAAUUGAUGCUGCCACUGCGGUCUGUUACAAGGAAUAUGGUCGCUCGAUCUGGGAAUUCUUCGAUGAUUGCGCCUUUUUUGGCCGUUGUAAGCCGUGCCCCGACGCCAUGUGCACAGUCAAUUCGACAGAGUUCCCAUUCGCCCUUGGGGGCUGCGCCAGUGAACCCCAGGAAGAAGGUGACGCUACAGACAUUACGGAAUCUACACAAGAAGGGCGAGCCGAUUACUAUGCUUACUGCCCAUGAUUUCCCCAGCGGUCAUGUUGCGGAGGCUGCUGGGAUGGAGAUGAUCUUAGUCGGGGAUAGUUUGGCUAUGGUUGCUCUGGGUAUGGAGGAUACUAGUGAGGUGGUCAUGGAAGAGAUGCUGCUGCACUGCAGGAGUGUGGCGCGGGCUGCUAAGAGUUCUUUCACGAUUGCGGAUCUUCCGAUGGGUUCGUACGAGGUGUCUCCGGAACAGGGUUUGCAGUCGGCUAUUCGCAUUAUCAAGGAGGGCCGUAUGCAAGGUAUUAAGCUUGAAGGGGGUGAGGAGAUGGCGCCGACAAUCAAACGUAUUACGCAGGCUGGAAUCCCUGUCGUCGGUCACAUUGGUCUCACUCCUCAGCGCCAGAAUGCCCUGGGAGGCUUCAGGGUCCAAGGCAAAUCUACCGCCGGGGCUCUCAAGCUUUUGAAAGAUGCUCUAGCUGUGCAGGAAGCCGGAGCUUUUAUGAUGGUUCUUGAAGCAGUGCCUGCCGAAAUCGCCUCAAUUAUCACGAAUAAACUUCGCGUCCCGACAAUCGGCAUCGGGGCGGGUAAUGGGUGUUCCGGACAAGUUCUUGUUCAGAUUGACAUGACUGGAAAUUUCCCUCCCGGUCGAUUCCUCCCGAAGUUCGUUAAAAAGUACGCCGAUGUCUGGGGUGAAGCCAUCAAAGGCAUCCAACAAUAUCACGAUGAAGUAAAGACCCGGGCGUAUCCCUCGGAAGAGUACACCUAUCCCAUCCCCAAGGAGGAGCUGGCGGAGUUUGAGAAAACAGUUGACAAACUAGAUAAUUGAUAGAUGACCACAUUCUCUUUCCAUCUAUAAGUACUGGGGGGUUUCUGUUGCAUCUGUUGUUCCUGACGUUGGAACAUUAUAGCUUGCAUUUCUCAUGGCCUGCAUGGUUUUUUUG